AUGCUCCAGUUUCUCGACAACCUCGUACACUACGCCGACCCGACACUCCCGUCCUUCUCGUCCCUCACGUACCUGUACAUCAUCAUACUAGUCUCCUCGCUCUUGAUUUCUUUCCGCUCGCGCCAGGAAGAAGACAACAUCGCCAUGAUCGGCUGCGGGAGCAUGGGGGGUGGAAUGGCCCUGCUCUUCGCCGAGGACGGCGUCAAUGUUUCGCUCUCAGACCCGUCUGAGCAGGCAAUGGAUACAGUCAUCAACAAGGCUGAGCAGCAGGGAUACAACGGAAAGAUCAAAAAGUACAAUGACUACGAUUCCUUGUGCAAGUCACUCUCCACACCGCGCCUCCUCGUCUUCUCUCUUCCACAUGGCGGCGUUGGCGACACGGUCCUUGAGGGUCUGGAGCCACAUCUCGCCCGCGACGACAUCAUCCUGGACUGCGGUAACGAGCACUUCCAGAACACCGAGCGCCGACAGAAGAAGACAGAAGGCACUGGCAUCCGGUACAUUGGCUGUGGUGUAAGUGGCGGAUACCAGGCUGCGCGAGCGGGACCUUCAAUGUGUCCCGGCGGUGACAUCUCUGCGCUUAAGGAAGUCCUUCCACUACUAGAAAAGGUUGCAGCCAAAGACAAGAACGAGAAACCUUGUGUGGGCGUUAUUGGAAAGGGCGGCGCAGGGCAUUACGUCAAGAUGAUGCACAACGGCAUCGAGCACGGCAUGAUGAGCGCCAUCUGCGAAGCCUGGGGCAUUAUGCGAAAGAUGGGCAUGGACUACGAGGAGAUUGGCGACGUCCUAUCCCAAUGGAACUCAGAAGGCGAGCUGAGAGGCACUUUCCUUGUCUCCAUUGGCGCCGAUCUAUCUCACAAACGCGACUCAAGCGAAAAGCCCAACCAAAAAGAUCCCAAACACCAUCCCCUUGUCAUCUCACAAGUCCUCGACAAGGUCGUUCAGGACGUCACGGGCGAAGAAGGCACGGGUAUCUGGAGCAACACCGAGGCCAUUGAACUUCACGUACCAGCCUUCACCCUCAACAUCGCGCACGCAUUUCGCCUUGCGUCCGCCUUCCGCGGCGACCGUGAGCAAGCCAGCAAGGCCGCCGACGGAGGUUUCCCUCCUAGCCAGCUGGACAUUUCCGACAAGAAGGCUUUCCUUGAAGAUUUGAGGAAAGCAACAUACGCCUCAUGUCUCGCGAGCUACAUCCAAGGCAUGAAUGUCAUUGCCAAAGCAGAUCAAGAGCACAAGUGGGAAAUUGACUACUCACAAAUCUGGAAAAUCUGGCGAGCAGGAUGUAUCAUCCAAGCAGACUACAUUUCUGACGAGAUCCUCGCGCCGGUCCUCAAAUCCAAUCCUAAGCCCAAAGACUUGAACCUCAACUUCUCGACUCGCGUUGCCAAGGACGUAAAGAACUGCUUCCCAGCGCUUCGUCGCAUCGUCGCCAAGGCUGUAGAGACAGAUCAGAUAAUACCUGCCAUAAGCGCUACCCUGGAGUACUUCAAAGUCGCUAGUGGUACCGACCUACCGACCUCGUUCUACGAAGCAGAGCUCGAUUACUUUGGCAGUCACAUGUUCGACAAAAAGGGCGACAAAGAUGCAAAUGUCAAGAAGCCUAUGGAAGGCAAGCAUCACUUUGAGUGGAAGCCCGCAACGAGCCAGAAGGAACAGUACGGCCUUGUAUACAUAUUCAAGCUCCAACCUAAAACGGUCACCACAUCGUCAACAAACUUCACGCACCGCCUAUCUAGGAUCCUACAAGCCUAUACUACCAAUACAAUGCGUUUCUUCACCCUCGCAACAGCCCUCACAUCUGCAACUCUCGCAUCCUCUCGCCUGAUUGGCAUCGCAGCCCCUUCAACGCUCGCACCCAACAGCACCUUCACUCUCACCCUCCUCUCAGAAGGCUACAUCCAAUCUGUCGCCGACGUGGCAGUAGCCUGGGGUUUCGACAUAGCGCCAGGCUACCCCGGUUCUCUGGGCGCCUUCACCGAUUCCGCGUACCUAGGUCCCGAGAAGAGCAACCAGGGACAGGACAAUGUUACAAUCACUGCUAGCGUGCCUGAGGAACUAGCCAGCGAUUCCUACAAGGGCAAGGAUAUCUUGUUGAAUGCUGGAAUUUACUCUUUGUAUGGUGCUAGUGGAGGCCCAGUGGUUACGGGAUUUAAUGUUACGGUCAAGAUUGGCGAGACCACUGGUGGGGAAAUUGUACAGAGUGAGGGUCAGGCUUGGAUUCAGAACAGCAUCCAAUAG